GUUCUUCUCGAAAUUUCUCCCCAUAGUAGCGCUUUAUAUCUACUUCCGUUGUUUAUUCCAGAAACUGAUUAUAACGUGCACAGGCCUAACUUCUUGAAAUUCCCUUUAAAUUUUGAUAAUAUGGCCAAAUGGGGAGAAGGAGACCCACGGUGGAUAGUCGAAGAACGUCCAGACGGAACAAAUGUGAACAACUGGCAUUGGGUAGAGAAGAAUGCAACAGGAUGGUCAAAAGAUAAACUUAAAGAAUUACUUGUGGGAAUGGUGAUAGAAGAUGAAGAAUAUUUUGGUGAGUUAACAGAAUUGACAAGCAUAGAUGGUGAAGCUACAGCUAAUAACAGAAAAGCUAAAUUGAUAUUCUUUUAUGAAUGGGUUCUCAAAGGAGAAUGGUCAGGAAAAUUGAAAUCAGGGGACAAGAAACACAAAGGAAAAUUUAACAUUCCAAAUUUGAGUGAGGAAAAUGAUGCAGAUGAAGUUGAUGUUGAAUUUUCCUGCAACACCCAGACUGAUGAAAGUUAUAAAGUUAAAGAAUUUUUAAGGAAGAAAGGAACUAAAGAAAUUCAAAAUAAACUUGCAAAAUACAUUGCUGAUUUGACACAAGAAUAUGGUAAAGGAGUUAUUUUGCCAACCAAAAAUGGACAGCCUGAUGCAAAAAAGUUAACCAACUCUACAAAUAAAGCCAGAGAAGAAUUAAACAAACUUGUAGUUUCAUCACCAAAAAAAGAAAGUAAAAUUGGAGUAAAAAUUCAUACAAAGAAAUUAACUGGUAAACAUGAAUUCAUGUGUUCAGCGCAGGACUUAUACAGAUGUUUAACUGAUAUUGGAAUGGUGCAAGCAUUUACUGGGGGACCAGUUGAAAUGGAAGUAGAAAAAGGGGGAAGGUUCUCCUUAAUGCAUGGCAAUGUUACUGGAGAAUUUGUUGACUUGGUACCUGGGAAGAAAAUGGUUCAGCGAUGGCGAGUUAAAUCUUGGCCAGAUGCCCAUUAUUCAGAAGUGACUUUUGACUUUGAAGAAAAAGAGGGUGUAACAGAACUCUUCUUAACUCAAACCGGUGUACCUGAUAGUGAAUUUGAAAGAACGAAAGAAGGAUGGGUAAUUAAUUACUGGAACAGAAUCAAGCAGACAUUUGGAUAUGGAGCAAAUAUAUUUUGACGGCAGUAGAAAUGAAAUCGAUCUCCAAGGCAACAAUCUACACGUCUUUCAC